GGGCCGGUUUUAAACCUCCCGUCCGCCGCCGCCGCACCCCCCGUGGCCCGGGCUCCGGAGGCCGCCGGAGGAGGCAGCCGUUCGGAGGAUUAUUCGUCUUCUCCCCAUUCCGCUGCCGCCGCUGCCAGGCCUCUGGCUGCUGAGGAGAAGCAGGCCCAGUCGCUGCAACCAUCCGGCAGCCGCCGCAGCAGCCAUUACCCGGCUGCGGUCCAGAGCCAAGCGGCGGCAGAGCGAGGGGCAUCAGCUACCGCCAAGUCCAGAGCCAUUUCCAUCCUGCAGAAGAAGCCCCGCCACCAGCAGCUUCUGCCAUCUCUCUCCUCCUUUUUCUUCAGCCACAGGCUCCCAGACAUGACAGCCAUCAUCAAAGAGAUCGUUAGCAGAAACAAAAGGAGAUAUCAAGAGGAUGGAUUCGACUUAGACUUGACCUAUAUUUAUCCAAACAUUAUUGCUAUGGGAUUUCCUGCAGAAAGACUUGAAGGCGUAUACAGGAACAAUAUUGAUGAUGUAGUAAGGUUUUUGGAUUCAAAGCAUAAAAACCAUUACAAGAUAUACAAUCUUUGUGCUGAAAGACAUUAUGACACCGCCAAAUUUAAUUGCAGAGUUGCACAAUAUCCUUUUGAAGACCAUAACCCACCACAGCUAGAACUUAUCAAACCCUUUUGUGAAGAUCUUGACCAAUGGCUAAGUGAAGAUGACAAUCAUGUUGCAGCAAUUCACUGUAAAGCUGGAAAGGGACGAACUGGUGUAAUGAUUUGUGCAUAUUUAUUACAUCGGGGCAAAUUUUUAAAGGCACAAGAGGCCCUAGAUUUCUAUGGGGAAGUAAGGACCAGAGACAAAAAGGGAGUAACUAUUCCCAGUCAGAGGCGCUAUGUGUAUUAUUAUAGCUACCUGUUAAAGAAUCAUCUGGAUUAUAGACCAGUGGCACUGUUGUUUCACAAGAUGAUGUUUGAAACUAUUCCAAUGUUCAGUGGCGGAACUUGCAAUCCUCAGUUUGUGGUCUGCCAGCUAAAGGUGAAGAUAUAUUCCUCCAAUUCAGGACCCACACGACGGGAAGACAAGUUCAUGUACUUUGAGUUCCCUCAGCCGUUACCUGUGUGUGGUGAUAUCAAAGUAGAGUUCUUCCACAAACAGAACAAGAUGCUAAAAAAGGACAAAAUGUUUCACUUUUGGGUAAAUACAUUCUUCAUACCAGGACCAGAGGAAACCUCAGAAAAAGUAGAAAAUGGAAGUCUAUGUGAUCAAGAAAUCGAUAGCAUUUGCAGUAUAGAGCGUGCAGAUAAUGACAAGGAAUAUCUAGUACUUACUUUAACAAAAAAUGAUCUUGACAAAGCAAAUAAAGACAAAGCCAACCGAUACUUUUCUCCAAAUUUUAAGGUGAAACUGUACUUCACAAAAACAGUAGAGGAGCCGUCAAAUCCAGAGGCUAGCAGUUCAACUUCUGUAACACCAGAUGUUAGUGACAAUGAACCUGAUCAUUAUAGAUAUUCUGACACCACUGACUCUGAUCCAGAGAAUGAACCUUUUGAUGAAGAUCAGCAUACACAAAUUACAAAAGUCUGAAUUUUUUUUUAUCAAGAGGGAUAAAACACCAUGAAAACAAACUUGAAUAAACUGAAAAUGGACCUUUUUUUUUUUUUUAAUGGCAAUAGGACAUUGUGUCAGAUUACCAGUUAUAGGAACAAUUCUCUUUUCCUGACCAAUCUUGUUUUACCCUAUACAUCCACAGGGUUUUGACACUUGUUGUCCAGUUGAAAAAAGGUUGUGUAGCUGUGUCAUGUAUAUACCUUUUUGUGUCAAAAGGACAUUUAAAAUUCAAUUAGGAUUAAUAAAGAUGGCACUUUCCCGUUUUAUUCCAGUUUUAUAAAAAGUGGAGACAGACUGAUGUGUAUACGUAGGAAUUUUUUCCUUUUGUGUUCUGUCACCAACUGAAGUGGCUAAAGAGCUUUGUGAUAUACUGGUUCACAUCCUACCCCUUUGCACUUGUGGCAACAGAUAAGUUUGCAGUUGGCUAAGAGAGGUUUCCGAAGGGUUUUGCUACAUUCUAAUGCAUGUAUUCGGGUUAGGGGAAUGGAGGGAAUGCUCAGAAAGGAAAUAAUUUUAUGCUGGACUCUGGACCAUAUACCAUCUCCAGCUAUUUACACACACCUUUCUUUAGCAUGCUACAGUUAUUAAUCUGGACAUUCGAGGAAUUGGCCGCUGUCACUGCUUGUUGUUUGCGCAUUUUUUUUUAAAGCAUAUUGGUGCUAGAAAAGGCAGCUAAAGGAAGUGAAUCUGUAUUGGGGUACAGGAAUGAACCUUCUGCAACAUCUUAAGAUCCACAAAUGAAGGGAUAUAAAAAUAAUGUCAUAGGUAAGAAACACAGCAACAAUGACUUAACCAUAUAAAUGUGGAGGCUAUCAACAAAGAAUGGGCUUGAAACAUUAUAAAAAUUGACAAUGAUUUAUUAAAUAUGUUUUCUCAGUUGUAACGACUUCUCCAUCUCCUGUGUAAUCAAGGCCAGUGCUAAAAUUCAGAUGCUGUUAGUACCUACAUCAGUCAACAGCUUACACUUAUUUUACUAGUUUUCAAUCAUAAUACCUGCUGUGGAUGCUUCAUGUGCUGCCUGCAAGCUUCUUUUUUUCUCAUUAAGUAUAAAAUAUUUUGUAAUGCUGCACAGAAAUUUUCAAUUUGAGAUUCUACAGUAAGCGUUUUUUUUUCUUUGAAGAUUUAUGAUGCACUUAUUCAAUAGCUGUCAGCCGUUCCACCCUUUUGACCUUACACAUUCUAUUACAAUGAGUUUUGCAGUUUUGCACAUUUUUUAAAUGUCAUUAACUGUUAGGGAAUUUUACUUGAAUACUGAAUACAUAUAAUGUUUAUAUUAAAAAGGACAUUUGUGUUAAAAAGGAAAUUAGAGUUGCAGUAAACUUUCAAUGCUGCACACAAAAAAAAGACAUUUGAUUUUUCAGUAGAAAUUGUCCUACAUGUGCUUUAUUGAUUUGCUAUUGAAAGAAUAGGGUUUUUUGUUUUUUUGUUUUUUUGUUUUUUUAAAUGUGCAGUGUUGAAUCAUUUCUUCAUAGUGCUCCCCCGAGUUGGGACUAGGGCUUCAAUUUCACUUCUUAAAAAAAAUCAUCAUAUAUUUGAUAUGCCCAGACUGCAUACGAUUUUAAGCGGAGUACAACUACUAUUGUAAAGCUAAUGUGAAGAUACUAUUAAAAAGGUUUUUUUUUUUCCAGAAAUUUGGUGUCUUCAAAUUAUACCUUCACCUUGACAUUUGAAUAUCCAGCCAUUUUAUUUCUUAAUGGUAUAAAAUUCCAUUUUCAAUAACUUAUUGGUGCUGAAAUUGUUCACUAGCUGUGGUCUGACCUAGUUAAUUUACAAAUACAGAUUGAAUAGGACCUACUAGAGCAGCAUUUAUAGAGUUUGAUGGCAAAUAGAUUAGGCAGAACUUCAUCUAAAAUAUUCUUAGUAAAUAAUGUUGACAUGUUUUCCAUACCUUGUCAGUUUCAUUCAACAAUUUUUAAAUUUUUAACAAAGCUCUUAGGAUUUACACAUUUAUAUUUAAACAUUGAUAUAUAGAGUAUUGAUUGAUUGCUCAUAAGUUAAAUUGGUAAAGUUAGAGACAACUAUUCUAACACCUCACCAUUGAAAUUUAUAUGCCACCUUGUCUUUCAUAAAAGCUGAAAAUUGUUACCUAAAAUGAAAAUCAACUUCAUGUUUUGAAGAUAGUUAUAAAUAUUGUUCUUUGUUACAAUUUCGGGCACCGCAUAUUAAAACGUAACUUUAUUGUUCCAAUAUGUAACAUGGAGGGCCAGGUCAUAAAUAAUGACAUUAUAAUGGGCUUUUGCACUGUUAUUAUUUUUCCUUUGGAAUGUGAAGGUCUGAAUGAGGGUUUUGAUUUUGAAUGUUUCAAUGUUUUUGAGAAGCCUUGCUUACAUUUUAUGGUGUAGUCAUUGGAAAUGGAAAAAUGGCAUUAUAUAUAUUAUAUAUAUAAAUAUAUAUUAUACAUACUCUCCUUACUUUAUUUCAGUUACCAUCCCCAUAGAAUUUGACAAGAAUUGCUAUGACUGAAAGGUUUUCGAGUCCUAAUUAAAACUUUAUUUAUGGCAGUAUUCAUAAUUAGCCUGAAAUGCAUUCUGUAGGUAAUCUCUGAGUUUCUGGAAUAUUUUCUUAGACUUUUUGGAUGUGCAGCAGCUUACAUGUCUGAAGUUACUUGAAGGCAUCACUUUUAAGAAAGCUUACAGUUGGGCCCUGUACCAUCCCAAGUCCUUUGUAGCUCCUCUUGAACAUGUUUGCCAUACUUUUAAAAGGGUAGUUGAAUAAAUAGCGUCACCAUUCUUUGCUGUGGCACAGGUUAUAAACUUAAGUGGAGUUUACCGGCAGCAUCAAAUGUUUCAGCUUUAAAAAAUAAAAGUAGGGUACAAGUUUAAUGUUUAGUUCUAGAAAUUUUGUGCAAUAUGUUCAUAACGAUGGCUGUGGUUGCCACAAAGUGCCUCGUUUACCUUUAAAUACUGUUAAUGUGUCAUGCAUGCAGAUGGAAGGGGUGGAACUGUGCACUAAAGUGGGGGCUUUAACUGUAGUAUUUGGCAGAGUUGCCUUCUACCUGCCAGUUCAAAAGUUCAACCUGUUUUCAUAUAGAAUAUAUAUACUAAAAAAUUUCAGUCUGUUAAACAGCCUUACUCUGAUUCAGCCUCUUCAGAUACUCUUGUGCUGUGCAGCAGUGGCUCUGUGUGUAAAUGCUAUGCACUGAGGAUACACAAAAAUACCAAUAUGAUGUGUACAGGAUAAUGCCUCAUCCCAAUCAGAUGUCCAUUUGUUAUUGUGUUUGUUAACAACCCUUUAUCUCUUAGUGUUAUAAACUCCACUUAAAACUGAUUAAAGUCUCAUUCUUGUCA